AUGGCGGGCAAUAGCGUCAACUUCCCGACGGCAGACGCCUUGGUCGCCCACUUCGACCGCUUCAUCGAGGUCGACAAGGAGCGGACAAAUUUUAUCGAGACGCUUCUCCAGCGGCUCGCCUACAACGAAAACCAGAUCCGCCGGCUCGAGCUCGACCUCGAGGACCAGACGAGGUCGCGGAUCCGCUACCAGUCCGAGACGAACGAGCUCGAGAAUCGGUUAAACUCGUUCCAGAAGCUAAUGAAUAAGGAUGCCUACGUGGCCGUCAUCGUCGACGGCGACGGCGCCAAGUUCCGCGACGACCUGCUCGCCGACACGACCUCGGGCGCCGUCGAGGCCGCGCAGAACAUCCAGCACGAGGUCAGGCAGUACCUCGAAACGCUCAAGAGCGAUUCCUUCGCCGGCGACGACGUGCCCGUCGUGACGCGCGUCUUCGCCAACGUCAGAGACCUCGGCCGCGUCCUGCGCUCGUCGGGCGUCGUCCGGUCCGAGGACGACAUGUACAUGUUUGCCGAGAACUUUACCAACAGCCGGCCUGACUUUGACUUUGUCAACGUCGGCCGGGGCAAGGAGAAUGCCGACUCCAAGAUACGCAGAAUGCUCGGCCACUAUUACAAGGACUACCGAUGCAAAAAGAUCUUCUUCGUCGCCUGCCACGACGCCGGCUACGCCCACGACCUGCGCGGCUACGUCGCCGCCGACGCCGAGCACCGCAUCGUCCUCGUCGAGACGACGCCGGCCGAGGAGUCGCUCCAGUCGCUCAAGUUCCCCAUGGUCCGCUUCAAGUCCGUCUUCCGCGAGGAGCCGCUGAAGCUCAAGCCCAUGAUGACGCGCAGCCAGUCGGCCGUCCGCAGCAAGUCCCCGGCCAAGUUGGCCAACAACAUCGCCGGCCUCCGAUCGGCCAUGGCGACGCCCGUCAACACGCAGCCGUUGAGCUCGCCUCCGGCCACGGCCAACUCGGCGAGCUCGCCGCCGGGACUGCCCGACGCCAUCGUCAUCACGUCGUCGGAGAACGGCAGCGGCUCGGUCCGUCACGCGACCUUCCCGACCGCCGGCAACCAGAGCGCCAAGGCUAAGGCGGCCAAGUCGAGCCGGCCGGCGAGGACCAUCGAGUACAACGAGGACGGCCACCGGCUCGACGCGGCCAUCAAGACGCCCAGCUACUCGUCGGCCCACGACACGUACAAGCGCAAGUGCGAGGGCAUCAAGCCCAAGGUCUUCUGCAACGCCUUCUACAUCGGCGGCCAGUGCCCGCGCGGCGACCAGUGCGAGCGGGAGCACGAGACGACGCUGACGGCCGACGAGGUGGCCAUCCACCGCUUCAAGGCGCGCACGAGCGCGUGCUACAAGGGACCCGAGUGCGACAGCUACGACUGCCACCUCAGCCACCACUGCCCGACGGACCCGAACUGCAGCCGGCCGGAUUGCAAGUUUAGCAAGACCAAGUUUGGCGACCUGCACCUGACCAAGACGAAGCUCAUGCCGUACGAGCGAUGGACGGAAGACAACAGCUUCCCGACCUACAUCCGCAAGGAGACGGAUGGGCCGGUGGCCAUGGUGCCCCUGGGAGCCGCCACGUACUCGAUGGCACUCACCCGGGGACGGCCGACCCGCGAGGGCACCUCUCCCGAGAAUGGCUGGAUCGUCCGGGAGGGACGCGAGCUCGGACGGAUGCAGGGUGAAUGCAUGACCACCACCACCACCACCACCAUCAUCAUCAUCACCAUCACCACCUCUGGCCUCUUUCUCGUCAAGAAUCGGCAUGCCCAUCCUUCUCCCUUCCGCUCUGGCCGGAGCCACGCCCACGCGUCCCCUCGAUGCCGCAUCACCUCGGCGACCCAACGACGGCGGCAAGUUGGCCGUGCGAGCGAAGCGUGA